UUUUGUAAUCAAAAAAUUUCAAGCUUAUUUAUUUGACGGUGAUGUUGUUGUGUUUGUUUGUUUGUCACAAAACUAAUCCAAACAUAAUGAUGCAUACAAUCGGAAAAUUGAUCUUUAUGGUCUUUGUGAUCCAGAAAUUUGUCAUUGAUACACAACAACAAUCAACAUCUUAUCCAUUUCGAAAAAUUUGGAUUGCCGAUUCAAUUGAUUUUCCCUAUGUAAUUGCAUUGAAAUUUCGAUUGGAUAAUCAAAAUUUAAGCUACAUACAGGAACCAUUUUGUAGUGGAUCUAUCCUGAAUUCAAGAUGGCUAUUAACCGCCGCUACUUGUGCCUCACGAAUUGAUGAAAAUGAUUUGAAUUCAAUGCCAACUCAAGCCUUGAUUGGAUCCUUUCGUAACAUUUCAUUCAUUCGUUUACCUAAAUUUGAUAUCGAUCAAGUAAUUAUCCAUCCUACGUAUGAUAGUCGUACAUUGUCCGAUAAUAUAGCCCUUUUACGUGUGAAAAAUGCCAUCAAUAUUAGCCUCGAUGCUGAUUUUCGCUAUGAAUGGCAGGAUCAAAUGACUCCCGAACAAUUGUAUGAUACUAUUCUAAUGGCUAGAUGGAAAUUAAUGUUCACCUAUCUGUUGAAUGGGAAAAAAAUUUCUUUUGAUCAAUGUAAAGAAAUUUAUCAAAAAUUUAGUGCCAGUUUACCGGCAAAUAGUCUAUGUUAUCUACCAAGAAAUCCAUUACGAUUUCAUCAAAGUUUAGUUGGCGGACCAUUAGUCCAUGUGGAACAUGGACAAUUACCUAUUCAAAUUGGUAUCAUGUCAUUCGGUGUGAAUAGCUCUGAACCUAUUGUCUACACAUCUUUACAGCCAUAUUAUGAUUGGAUAUUAUCGCAAGCAAUUUAUUAGAAAAAAAAAUUUAAAUUCAAAAUAUGUAGCUAAAAUGUCCGCUGUUGAAACAAUAUAUACGUUGAAUGUUGUUUAUUGAAUAACUUUUUUCAUAGUAUACUAUAGCCUAUAAACAAUCAUAUAUUCUGAGUUUUUCAUUUAUACACUUUGUGUAA